UUGCCUGGCAAAGCCUGGGUCCUGGCCUCGGAGGCUCUCGGGCCCCGACUGGAGGGGCUCCUAAGCGCAUGCUUGGAGAGAGGCCAAUUCCCGCUUCGUUGGAAGACGGGGAAGCUGGUCCUCAUUCGGAAGCCGGGGCGCCCUGCGGACUCUCCGUCCGCAUACCGGCCCGUGGUGCUGCUCGACGAGGUGGGCAAGCUCUUUGAAAGAGUCAUUGCAAACCGCCUCGCCGAGCACCUUGCGGGGACGGGGCCGGAUCUUGCGGAACACCAGUUUGGUUUCCGCAAGAGGCGCUCUACGGUGGACGCCAUCAUGCGCGUAAGAGCCCUCACGACGGGGGAUGCAGUGGCCAGGGGGGGGGUUGUUUUGGCGGUGUCUCUCGACAUCGCCAACGCCUUCAACUCCAUGCCCUGGAGCUGCAUUAGGGAGGCACUCCGGUAUCACCGGGUGCCGACCUAUCUCCGUCGUAUAGUCGGGGACUAUCUGACGGAUAGGGCCGUCAUCUACCCCGGUCGCAACGGGUUUUUCAAAGACGAAAUGGAUGGUGAUAUAAUAACUGAAUUUGUUGGAUUAAGAGCGAGAUUAUAUUGUAUUGAUUAUAAAACAACCUCAAUAAGAAAAGCUAAGGGUAUUAAAAAAUCUGUUACUAAAAAUCUUAGUAUUGAAAAAUAUAAACGAGCGUUAUGGUCUAAUGAAAACUUUAGAAAGAGUAUGUGUAUAAUUAGAUCAACGAAUCAUCAAAUAUUUACUCAAAAAGUUGAUAAACUUGUACUUAAUAGAGACGAUGAUAAAAGACAAAUUAUAGCAGAUGGCUACAAUACGUUGCCGUGGGGACAUUAUAAAACUAUAUUUUAA